AUGUCACCAGCUUGGGAACAUGGAAAAACUGUGGGUUAUGGGAUGAAGCUCUCAUUACUGAUGUCGGUGCCCAUUAUCAAUGAUGUACCAACACUGGACAAACUCACCACUCUUGAACUCAAUCACUUAAUCUUGCAUGAACUGUUGCCACAAAAAGAUGAUGCAGAGAUUAGUUAUGUAUUGUUGCAGAUUUUUAAAUCAUUUACCUUUCAACUCCCAGAUGUGACAGAGCUACAGGUCCCAUUACAUAAAAUUUGCUAUUGGGACGACAGACUUCACAGAAAGUUUGCCACCAUAGGUGAAAAUGACCUGGCUCAUCUGUAUGACAAAGAUGAAUGCCAGUGGAACUGGCCGCUCCUGAAAUUGCACCACAAUGAUGUCAAGCAGUGGCUGCUCCCUAGUGAUGGGAGUCUUGGAGAUUGGCAGGAGGAGAGCACCAUGGCAGAUGUGGAGUCUGGAAGUGGAGGUGGUGGCGGUUCAUCUUUUGAGCCUGCCAGUAAGGAAGAACUCCUGGGCCCCUCUGGGCUGCAGCCAGAAGAUGGUGACUUGGGCUUGGAUACACCCUCACCACUGUUUGAGGGAGUCUUUGUGAUGUUCUUCAAUGUUUUACGUUUUGCACUCACCCAGAAGGUGCCAAAGAUUGUACAGGAGACCAACCCAGUCCCACACCUGUGGAGUGCAGGAAACUCUACACGCCCUGUGAAGGAUGAAGAAGUUUCAUGA